GAAGCAAACUGCUGAUUUUGGUGCUGUGCUUGAACUUCCCGCCGGAAGUGGAAUUGUGUCCUGGAGCAUGCGUGUGUUACAGUGAACCCAAAAUCACCAUCAGCUGCCCGCAGCAAGGGCUUGGCACCAUCCCCGUUGAGAUCCCAGUACAGACCCAGCGGAUUUUCCUGCACAACAACAGAAUAAGCCUGAUCCAGUCCACCAGCUUCACCUUCUGCCACAAUAUGUCCAUCCUGUGGAUCCACUCCAAUAACAUUAGUCUCAUUGAACCCAGGGCAUUCUAUGGACUCGACAAGUUGGAAGAGCUUGACCUCAGUGACAAUGUGAACCUGAAGUCCAUCAACCCUUCUACCUUCCAAGGCCUUGUCCACCUGCAUACUUUGCACCUUGACCGCUGCGGGCUCCUGGAGCUGUCCACGGGGCUUUUUCGGGGGCUUUUCUCCUUACAGUAUCUCUACCUGCAGGACAACAAUCUGCAGGAGCUUCUAGAUGACACAUUUCUGGACCUUGCCAACCUCACCUAUCUGUUUUUGCAUGGAAACAAGAUUAAGAGUUUGUCGGAAAAUGUGUUUCGGGGGUUGAUGAACCUGGAUAGGCUGCUGUUGCAUCAGAACAGGGUUAGCGUGGUCCAUAACAGGGCAUUCCAUGACCUUGGUAAAGUAAUGACCUUGUACCUUUUUAAUAAUAACCUGACGGUGCUGACGGGGGAGACCAUGGCUCCCCUGGGAUCUCUCCAGUACCUCCGACUGAACGGCAACCAGUGGGUGUGUGACUGCCAGGCCCGAUCCCUCUGGGAUUGGUUUAAACAGUUCAAAGGCUCUUCCUCCGAACUGGAGUGCCACUUACCUGCUCACCUGGCAGGGAGGGACCUCAAGCGCCUGCAGAGCGCGGACCUGGAGGGCUGCAUCGACUCCUUCAACCAGAUCAGAACGAGCGUGUUCAGCACCAAGACCAGGUCUGGCAAGCUGCCCACGGCCGACCCGCCUCUCGGUCCCCGUGACAACGCACAGAAAUGCUGCCAGCCGGAGAUGGAUAAGUCGUUCAUUUACGAAGCCAAAGCCAAGGCGGGCCCUUCUUCACACAGCAACCGGGCUUCCCCUAACAACCCACUCAAGGAUAAGGAAAACAUGGCCAAAACCAAGCAUCAAGCCGAGACGGAUCUGCCCAAAAAUGGCAGCAACAAGCACUUCAACGACUCGCCCUUUGGCACCUACCCCAGCGCGGCCGGCCCCCCCUUGACCAACUUGAAACCUGAGUUCUUGGGCCCUGUGGAGCCUUCCACCCCCCCAACAAAAAAGAGGCAGGGAUGCUCUAGGAGGAACAAGUCCAGGUCGCAGUGCCGCGUGGUGCAGCCGGCUCCCAGUGCCGCCGCCCCCCCAGCCAUCCCAAGCCUUUUGCUGCCCCCCCUGAUGUGGAGUCUGUUUUGCCUCUGUUGAAAUCAGGCCUUUGCUUUCGGGAGGGGCUCUUGGCUUUACGAGAGAAACAGGUUUUUUUGCUUUUGUGUUCUUAAGGAAAUGCAAAGCCUCUGCCCCAGAUGUGAAUAAGAAGGUAAAGCUAUGCCCAGAGAAAACGUUGUGAUGCUAAACAUUUACUGGAUGCCUUUAUAAAAACUCUCUCUCUCUCUCUCUCACACACACACACAAAUC